AGGAGCCCGCGGCCAAAGACUGGGACUUAACUCCAGCGGCUGCCGCAGCAGCAAAAGAGUCGGAGCUUCAUCAGCAGCCGCCGGUGCCGCGCCCCGAGGCUGAGCCACGAUGAGCGGCAGAGUCGGUGACCUGAGCCCCAAACAGGAGGAGGCGUUGGCCAAGUUUCGAGAAAAUGUCCAGGACGUGCUGCCCACCCUGCCCAAUCCAGAUGACUACUUUCUCCUUCGAUGGCUCCGAGCCCGAAGCUUUGACCUGCAGAAGUCAGAGGCCAUGCUCCGGAAGCAUGUGGAAUUCCGGAAGCAAAAGGACAUUGACAACAUCAUCAGCUGGCAGCCACCAGAGGUGAUCCAACAGUAUCUGUCAGGUGGCAGGUGUGGCUACGACCUGGAUGGCUGCCCCAUCUGGUACGACAUCAUCGGACCUCUGGACGCCAAGGGUCUGCUAUUUUCUGCCUCCAAGCAGGACCUGCUCAGGACCAAGAUGAGAGACUGUGAGCUGCUUCUGCAGGAGUGUACCAACCAGACCACAAAGCUAGGGAAGAAGAUAGAGACCAUCACCAUGAUUUAUGACUGUGAGGGACUCGGCCUCAGGCACCUCUGGAAACCUGCAGUGGAGGCUUAUGGAGAGUUUCUCUCCAUGUUUGAAGAAAAUUAUCCUGAAACAUUGAAGCGUCUGUUUGUUGUUAAAGCCCCCAAGCUGUUUCCCGUGGCCUAUAACCUCAUCAAGCCCUUUCUGAGUGAGGACACUCGUAGGAAGAUUAUGGUCCUGGGAGCAAACUGGAAGGAGGUUUUACUCAAACAUAUCAGCCCUGACCAGUUGCCUGUGGAGUACGGAGGCACUAUGACUGACCCUGAUGGAAAUCCCAAGUGCAAAUCCAAGAUCAACUACGGGGGUGACAUCCCCAAGCAGUAUUACGUGCGAGACCAAGUGAAGCAGCAGUAUGAGCACAACGUGCAGAUUUCCCGAGGCUCCUCCCACCAAGUGGAGUACGAGAUCCUUUUCCCCGGCUGUGUCCUCAGGUGGCAGUUUAUGUCGGAGGGAUCAGACGUGGGUUUUGGGAUUUUCCUGAAGACCAAGAUGGGGGAACGGCAGCGGGCAGGGGAGAUGACAGAGGUGCUGCCCAGCCAGAGAUACAAUUCCCACAUGGUCCCUGAGGAUGGGACCCUCACCUGCAGUGAGCCGGGCAUCUAUGUCCUGCGGUUUGACAACACCUACAGCUUCAUCCAUGCCAAGAAAGUCAGUUUCACUGUGGAGGUCCUGCUUCCAGACAAAGCAGCAGAAGAGAAGAUGAAUGAGCAGGGGACACUCCCCCCCAAAUAACAGCCCCACCCCCUUCUGCAGCAGGCCCGGCCCCCUCAGUGUCUUCCUGUUUCUUUGUAGUAGUCAUUUUCCUAAAACCUAGUAGCCCGAUGAAACUGGGCUGGAGGAAAGACUUCAGGCUGGACGGGAGAAUCCCAUUCAGAAUCAGAAGACGACAAAUGGCUAGAGUGGUGUUCUUGUCAUCAGACUAUUAAGGGGUCUCCAGAGACUGGCUGUAAUGGUGUCUACCUUGAAGACCUUGUCAGCUUCACUGCCCAGUGACAGGGGAGAGAGGGAGGGGAAGGGUGCACAGGAUGGCAGCAGGGAAGAAAUUAGAAUCGAAGAGGUUGGGAUGGUACACUCAGGGAAGCUAGCUGCUGAGGAGAAACUUGCUCCUAAAUGAACAUGGAACAAAGCUCCAUGAUCGUAAUGAUGGUUGCAGUGUAGCAGGCUGCUAGACAUGUGAUGAGUAGCUGAAGCUCUUUGAAACUUUUUUGUCCUAAGGCUUGAGUAUCUCUCCCCCCUCUCCAACUCUCAGGAGUGGCCCAAGUCAACACUGGAAGGCAGACAGAGGCCCUCUCUCUCCCCUUGAGAACCUCACCAACUCCUGGGCCCCACGGGCUGCCUGUUUAAUUACUAAUGGUUGCCAGUGCCCCAGAACCACUGUUCUCCAGUGGAAAAUAAGCGAGAAACCCUCCAAAAGCACAAGGGUAAUUAACUUCAGGGAUCAUAGAUAGGAAAGGACUGUGGGUGGGUCCUAAGCCUCUCACUGAGAGAACCUCCACUUGAGCAACCUUACCCAAAAAUGACAAGUGGGACUGAAAGCCCUCAGUGCACUUGCCAGUCUAGUCUCCCACGGUGCCUGAGAACAGGUCUCCUGACUGACCUGGGCAAGGGCGUGGCAGGCCCUUCUCAGUGGAGGUGUGUAAUGGCAGUGGCUUCCUCUUGCCUGGGGACGCAGGUAACCAGAGAGCGAGGUUGCCCGGGAAGGUGGCCAUUGCCUAAGCAAGCAUCUGAGCCAGGGGCAAGGGGCGGCCACCUUGCAAUAGCACCACUUGACCUUACACAACUUUGCGAGCAAACGCCAGGUUAUGGGCUGCCCAGAAUUCCUGAAGGCGGCCCCAGGCCCUUCCGGGAAACCCCUGUCCCGGCGGAAUGGGUCCCGGACUCAGCCUGCGGACUCGUUUCACCAAGGGCAGGGAGCUCUAGGCAGGUGCAGGGCUAGCGACCAGAAAGGGCCGAGGCUACCUACCCAGGAUCUAGUCACAUAUCUCAGGAGUAUAUCCUGGCCUUGGUUUACAAUGCUGUUAGGUACAUUAACCAAUGAAUAAAUCAAUUUUCAAAGCAAA